AUGACCAAUGAAAUUUUUAGAACAUACAUAAUAUCAAAGCAAGCAAAUAAAAUAGCAAAAGAAGAAAAUAUAACAUUAAAAUUCGGUAGAUUUAAUAAAUUCGAGAAGAAUUUAAUAUCAAAAUGUGUUACAAAUUUUUGUGAAAAAGAAAAUUUACAACUUGAUGAAUUUAAAUCAACAUUUUUAAAGAGUAGUUGGAUGACUAUUGACAUAACAACACUUAUUUGGGAGAUAUGUGAUAAAUUAAAAGUAAGAACGUAUGCUCAGAUUUACAAUUGUCUAGAAUACAUAUAUCACCCUUAUGUAGAUCAAAGAUUUUCAGAAGAAGAUAAUAGAGAGUUACUUAAUUAUAUUAAUGAGAACGGUGUGCACUAUAAGAAUAUGGAAGAGGUACUAGAAAAGCAUAGAUUUUUUAUUAGAUUCAUUCAUUACAAAUUAAUAGGUAGACGCUAUUGUAAAGAAUAUUACGGUUUGUAUAGAAAAUUAACUAACUCAAUACCAAAUAGUGAAGAAGAAAUUAAAAUAAUAGCUAAUGAGUUUGAUGUUUCAAUUCAAUUUAUUAAAAAGAAAAUAACAGAAGUAUUGAAAGGAAAAUUAAUUCUUGAAAAAGAUCAACAAGAACUUGAAUUUAUGAUGUCAUUAUUAUACUUUAAUCAUAUUUAUAAUGGUUUAUUUGAUUUAGAAUAUUUGAAUGGAAUAAUUAUUUCAUGUAAAAUCAAUCAAAGUUCAGAGAAGAAAUUAACUAAGAGUGAUUAUAAAGAGUUGUUUGUAAAGGGAUUUAAAAGUUCAUUCAAAUUAGAAGACGAUGAAAUUUCUUUUGGAGUAAAAUUAAAGACAUAUUUUCUAUAA